AUGUAGUUCUAGGUCGUCAUCUCUCAGUGGCCUCAGACUUGGUGCUAAGAGAGGUUGUUAUUUUACGGCUCUCCUCACAUCAACGUCUUAUUUUUUUUACUUCAAAUGGCAUAUACAGACAAAGAACUCUCACUCUUGCUUAUGUUUAUGGUAUUAUGGCCGGGUAUAUGGUCCUUAUCACCUCCAAAAGUGAGUGAGGAAGAUAGUGUAGCAGAUAACGACUCUGGCAAGACUGUUCAUUUGUUAGAUAAAACGACUAUUGAAACGAGUACAGCUUAUGAAGGUACUUUCUGGCAGAUUACGGACAUUCACUGGGACCACAAGUACAGCCAACAAGGGGAUGCCACUAGAAUGUGCCACGAGGGCUAUUUAUCAUCCGACUCCAACGGUGUGUACGGCAAUUACCUGUGUGACUCUCCGUGGCCGCUUGUGAAGAGUGCCCUUGAGGCCAUGGUGGAGAUUCACAACAAGCCGGACUUCAUAUUGUGGACAGGGGAUAAUGCACCUCAUACUGACGACCCUGAGCCUGACUUCACGGUAAUAUUUCAAACAGUUGCUAAUAUUACUGGCGAGCUGAGGUCCAGAUUUCAGGAGUCCAUCCCAAUUCUUCCAGUUUUGGGUAACCACGAUGCCUAUCCUCGGGACAAUUUCCCAGUUGCUGGAGACGAAUUCUAUGGACAGUACUUGAGCAAGGGAGGAUGGUCGUCUCUGUUACCCGAGGAUGCACAACAGGAAUUCAGGAAUGGAGGUUACUAUGGUUAUGAACUUCCUACAGGUGUGACCGUGUUGGUGGUCAACACAAACCUCUAUUAUGGAAAAAAUCCACUUGGCAUUAAGGCAGAUGACCCCUGUGGACAGUUUGCCUGGUUGAGGAAGAGACUUGAAACGGCUCAGAAGAAAAAUUCCAAGGUGAUAAUUGCUGCACAUGCCCCUCCUGGAUAUUUUGAAAGACUUGCAAUAAUACCAUAUUUUAAUGAUACAUACAAUGAGGCCUAUGUUGACCUUCUCAACGAGUUUGGUACAGUGAUUAUGGCCCAGAUAUAUGGCCAUGAACACACGGAUAGUUUCAAGCUCUUCCGCUCACCCAAAGGUGAUAUAAAAAGUGCGGCAUUUAUGGCACCAUCGGUGACCCCCUGCUAUAGACGCUCUAUUCCGGGCAAAGUGGCAGUCAAUCCUUCCCUCCGACUCUACUUGUACAACAGUCGCACGCUUUUGGACUAUACCCAGUACAAUCUAGAUUUGACAGUCGCCAACGAACUCCUUUAUGAAGAGAAACCCAUCUACGACGACAUGGCAGAAUUAGAGGUGGUGAAGCCUGAAUGGGAUGUUUAUUACCGAGCAAGAGAAGCUUACGGGUUAAAGUCUCUCGACGCAGUUAAUAUGGCACAGCUCUACAGACGGUUAAUGUCAGACAACAGAUUGUUUCAGGAGUACUACUUGAGAAACUCUGGAGGAUACACAAGAUUUCUAGAUGGUCCAUGUGAUCGUGACUGCAAAAUGCACUUCAUGUGUUCCAUGGUGAAUAUCAAGAGCAGAGACUUGGACAAGUGCAUGGGGUACAUCGAUUACGACACACCGAAAGUUGGAGCUCAAAAACCUCAACACAUUAAGCCAGAGUUGAACGAAGAGCUUCUGAAUGACGACUCCCUCCCAGGAGUGUGGAGGAUCUUUAAGACCUUUACAGAAAUGGCGAAUAAAGUCACGCACAAGACCAGCAGAAAUGAAACUGAUAAUAUAUGUGAUGUACAAAGUGUGGCAUUCAUGGCACCAUCAGUGACUCCCUGGUAUCCAUCCUUAACUCCAGGUGGCACAGCAGUUAAUCCUUCUCUUCGACUUUACUUGUACAACAGUCACACACUUUUGGAUUAUACCCAGUUCCACCUCAAUUUGACGAAGGCCAAUAACCAAGACAUUACAGGAGUAGAUAAUACCUCGGUGGAAGAUACUGGACUGGGGAAGCCAAAGUGGGAAGUUUAUUACCAAGCAAGAGAAGCGUAUGGGUUAGGAAGUCUCAACAAUAUUAAUAUGACAAACCUUUUUAAAGAGCUAAUGACAAAUGACAGUUUGUUUCAGAAGUACUAUGUAAGGAAUUCUGCAGGACAUACAGAUGGUAUAUGUGAAUCAGAAUGCAAAAGGACUCAGACCUGUGCCAUGAUGAGUGUCAAGGUCAAGGACCUAAACCAGUGCAUGGGAACUGGCCAUUACAACACCGGCCUGCACAGUCCCUCCCCCAAUUCAUCUCCUCUAGUCAUUACUAUCAUGGGUUUAUGUAUGUCCAUAACUACAAUGUUAGCAGUUGCUUUGGCUUUCAUGUUGGUUGUGAUAUCAGUCAGGAGGAAUCGGAUGCUAAGAACUGAGAGAAGUCUACCUGUUGUGGACCUCACCUGGGGUCGUCGGCAGCAGAACUAUAAACAGCUUCCCUGAGUGAAUGAUGAAAAACAGUUUGAAAGUUAUCACCUUUGUUGUUUCUCUGAAUCUCUGUUAAAUGGUUGGAGGUUAAAUCAAUUAAAUCAUUAUAUUCUUUUUUUUUUUUUUUUAUUAAAUGACUGUUUUGAGGUUAAAUUUUAAAUUUGUUAAGUGUCAAAGAGAUUAACUUGUAUGUCUUGAGGUUCAUUAGUUUCUCUCAUUUCUACUAUGGUUAUCAUUAUUCCUCAGUCAGUCCACCCUUUUAGAUUCAGUUCCUAGAUGCUUACCACUAAGAUCAGAUGUAUUUACUUCAUGUUAUGCCUACUAAUGUUGCUCUAAGUGUUGUGCCCCGCUUGGUGACUCUCAAAGGAGGGGUAUAGUUUGUGGGGUUUCAUUACCGUUCUUGGUGUUGUCAUUAAUGUGAGACUGAUAUUUGGUCAUGUUGCACAUAGUUCAUAAGAUUUAUUUGUCAAUUCUCACUUCAACUCUUUGCAACCAUGACCUUCCUCCCUCCCUCACCCAGUACAGGUACUAUAUAAUGCAGUACUUGUUGUCGCCUCUCAACUCGGUAAAGUCCAGCCCACGUUAAGUAUAAUCCAACAGUGCCUACUAGAAAUAGAACAACGGCUUGAUCUAAACACCAUGACAGCCUUCCUCUCCUAAUCCACCAAAGCACGUCUUACACGUGAUGAACACCGGUCUCACUCAUCCACAGGUUCCACUUCACAACCAACAACUUUUGUCCUGAAUUAAUUACCCACAAACUCUUGGUUUGACACUUGGAUUUUACGCACCACACAGACUACAUUAGUGCCUUCCAUGAAUUCGAGCCUCUCAACAUACGGAAUUACAGUUUAUACAGACCACAUUUAACUAUACUGAAUUAAUAAAAAAAAAACUAAGAUUUUGCUCAAACUCCA